AUGGUCUCCACACGAGCAUCGCUGGUUUCGGUUCUCUUGGCGGCUGCUGCCCCGGCCAUUGCCCGCGACGUGCCUUCCAACGUCAGACAGUUCUAUGACAACAUCACUUCAAAGUCGUCAUGUCAAAACACACUCGCCGGGGGCUUCUAUAGCAAGGAUGGCGAUAGCGGAAAUGCUGCCUACUGUGGCGACAAGCUGGACUCGGGCGUCAUCUUCCUCAAGGGCAACGGAAAGACACUAGUCAACAUGGACAUUGACUGUGACGGUGCCCAGAACGGCCCAGCCGACGACGGCCGUUGCGGCAACUCGGGCGACACGCAGUCCAUCACCUCAUUCCAGUCCACUAUCAAGUCCUACGGCGCUGGGAUCAACGACGUCGACGCCUACAUCCACCCAUAUGUCGUCUUCGGAAACGAGGGAAGCAAGCCCGGCUGGGCUACUUUUAACCCCGAGCAAUAUGGAAUCGAGCCUCUCAGUCUUAUGGCUGUCGUUUGCGGCAACCAGCUUAUCUAUGGUGUCUGGGCCGAUGAGAACGGUGACGACGGCGAAUACCCCGUGGUUGGCGAAGCAUCCAUCUCCCUAGCCACCGCUUGCUACGGCAAGGACGCUGUUGAUGGCAACACAGCCCACGACGAGGACGACGUUCUAUACAUUGCCUUCACGGGCUCAGAGGCUGUUCCGGGUGCCAGUGGCGCCAAGUGGAACGCCAAGAGCUUCUCCGAGUUCGAGAGCAGCGUCCAGUCCCUGGGAGACAAGUUGAUCCAGCGAAUCAGUGCCUAA